GAUCUAAAGGCUGUGAGUAAUUCUGCUUUGGAAAAUCAAAGUCUUUAUGUGGAAAGAUGUAUAAACCAGGUUGUUGAUAGAAGAAAACGUAUUUACCACAGGCAGAUAGAAGGCUGUAGCCUAAACAAAAGCAUAUGCAAACAUAACACAUGUCCAAGAAAGAGUGCCCUGGAAUGCAGCAUGGCUUAGAAAUGGCAUGAAGCUCGAGUGCAAAGAUGGGCCCGAAUGUAAGAGCCUCCUUAUGAGCAAAGUGGCUGGAAGUCGGCAGCCUCGGAAACUGCAGAGGUCAGGUACAACCCUGGGGAUGAAAAAUGACGAGUAGGUCUCUUCAUAAGCCGACUGGUUGUAUACUGAACGGGAAGCUUUUCUGUGGCCUAAUGAAGGCAGAAGUCAAAGAAAUGGGUAGGUGUAAGCUGAUGCGUAGAUUGGAGUUCAGUGGAAAUGUUUGGUCUCAAAAGAAAUGAUUGUUUCUAGUCUGAUUUUUUGCUAAACAUGGGAGGAGAUCUGAACAUAGUUCUAAGGAAAUGGAGAAUUAAUAUGGAUAAGAAAAAGGGAAGACAGCUGAGGGAGGAAGAGCAAGCAUUAAGGACAUCCUAGGUCUGACCAAUGUGGGGAGCUUUUUACUCGUGCUGAAACUAAAGUGUGCGAGGGCUGGUUACCAUACAUUCUGCGUUUUUAAAUUAGCACUAGGGACAAAAAAGGUAGGUUAGCUUUGGCAAAGUUCUCCUUCCUGAGGGUAAUAACUAUCUCCAUAUAGCACUCAACAUUAGUUGUUCGCUUGAGUUUCUUCCCUACUGAGUGGCAAACCUGUGCCCUAUUCUGAGUCACUCCUAGAGUGCGAUGCUUGCUGAUGAAUGAAAGCGACAUCAGUGGGCCACAGCUGAAAAGCUCACUGCUUGUCACGGAAAGGCUACUGGGACACUAUGGCGAUCCCAAGAGGGCCUCUGCCCUCACGGAGAAGCCGACGAAACAGUGUCUGUCUAGCCUGUCUGGGCUUCAUCCCCGCGCUCUUGUUGCCCGCGGCGUUCAGGAGAAAGGAAUCAAAGUUUCCGGUGCGCCGCCCUCGCGCACCCCUGCCGAGCCCUCACCCUGACCUCGGGCUCUGCGGAGCGCUCGCCCACCCUGGUGCUGAGCUCGCCUCGGCCCCGGGGAACCCGCUCCGGAAGCCGCCGCCCCGCGGGGCCCGAGCGUCCCGGUUGCCCCGGAGACGCCGCGGCGGCUCGGCUCGCUGGGGAGUUGCUGCGCCGCCGGCCGCCUGCUCACAGCGACCCGCGCGGGCUGCGGCUGCUCGGGCUGCUGGAGACCGCGUCGCCCCUGCCCGCGCCGUGCGACAUAACAGUGCAAGUCAAUCCAUAAAUAAUUUAAGUCACUUCAACUAUAAUGGAAAAGUACGAAAAAUUAGCUAAGAUUGGAGAAGGAUCCUACGGGGUUGUAUUCAAAUGUAGAAAUAAAUCUUCUGGACAGAUAGUUGCAAUUAAAAAAUUUGUGGAAUCUGAAGAUGAUCCUGUUGUGAAGAAAAUCGCGCUAAGAGAAAUUCGUAUGUUGAAACAAUUAAAACACCCAAACCUUGUGAACCUCAUUGAGGUGUUCAGGAGGAAAAGGAAAAUGCAUUUAGUUUUUGAAUACUGUGAUCAUACACUUUUAAAUGAGCUGGAAAGAAACCCAAAUGGCGUUACCGAUGGAGUGAUCAAAAGUGUGCUGUGGCAGACACUUCAGGCUCUUAAUUUCUGCCAUAAACAUAACUGUAUUCACAGAGAUGUAAAACCUGAAAAUAUCCUAAUCACUAAGCAAGGAAUAAUCAAGAUCUGUGACUUCGGGUUUGCACGAAUUCUGAUUCCAGGAGAUACCUACACAGAUUAUGUUGCAACCAGAUGGUACCGAGCCCCUGAGCUGCUCGUGGGUGAUACUCAGUAUGGUUCUUCAGUGGACGUCUGGGCAAUCGGUUGUGUUUUUGCAGAGCUCCUGACAGGCCAGCCACUCUGGCCUGGGAAAUCAGAUGUGGACCAACUUUAUCUGAUCAUCAGAACACUGGGAAAGCUAAUACCAAGACAUCAGUCUAUCUUUAGAAGUAACCAGUUUUUCCAUGGCAUCAGUAUACCUGAGCCAGAAGACAUGGAAACUCUUGAGGAAAAGUUCUCAAAUGCUCAUCCUGUGGCUUUGAAUUUCAUGAAGGGGUGUCUGAAGAUGAAUCCAAAUGACAGAUUAACCUGUGCCCAACUCCUGGAGAGCUCCUACUUUGACUCUUUCCGAGAGGAACAAAUUAAAAGAAAAGCACGUAAUGAGGGAAGAAACAGAAGACGUCAGCAGAAUCAACUGUUGCCUCUCAUACCAGGAAGCCACAUCUCCCCCACACCUGAUGGAAGAAAACAAGUCCUCCAGUUAAAAUUGGAUCAUCUUCCAAACAUUUAGGAAAAUGUUCUUUCAAGUGCAAAGUAAUUUAAUAUGUACACAUUUUUGUACGAGCGAGAUAGGGAUUCUCAGUGUUUCAAAUGCAAAUUAGCCAUAUGAAAAUUAAGAUGCCUUCUAGAAUUGUUUUGCUGUGAUCGUUGCUGAUUCCUCUCCCGUGCUUUCUCCAUGCCAAUUUUCUCUUUUAGCACAUUUCUUUAAGUGUUGUAAGGCCUGAAACUGCACAUUGGGAGGAGACAUUUUCACUCUCAGCAGCCCUUCCGGAGGCAAUUUAUAUUGGAAAUUUGUGGACUUAUGCCUCGCUUUAUGAGAAAGAUUUGCAUAUAUCACCUUGCUUCAGCAGACCACAAAGCAUCUUAAAGCAAUAUCAAAUAGCCUGUCUUGCUGUUGUUUGUGUAAUGAAUGACAUUAUGUUCCUGCAUUUUAAUUCCCUCUACUGUUGAGUAAUGCUGGCAUUUUUUUUCACAUUUGACAUUGAUGUAGAAAGGGAACCUUGCAAGGUCAUGCAGGUUUAUUCUUUGAUUCCAUGGAAGAUUCUAGUUUUUCUCUCAUGAGACAUUGACGAUUCUAUUUUUAAAGCUAGUUAGAGAAAAUUCCAUACGAAUUCCAUAUAUAGCAAAUCAUGGAUGAAUGACAGGAAGUCACCAUCCUCAUGACAGUGCUGCAAUUGAAUAGUUGGCCGCUGACCCUGAUGCUCUCCUUUGGCGGUCAGGACUCUGUCCUUUUCUCCUGGCUGACCCUCUCAGUGCUGAGAGCAGUCCUCCUGGGCGCGGUGUUUAAAUCAUUUAUUGCCAUUCCUCUUCCAAACAGUCGAAUCCGUAGCCUCUGUGAACUUGUGCAACCCUCAACUUAGUGACUGCAUCAUAAUCAGAUUGGGUUUGUAAAUUCUGCUAAGAGCAGGACUAUCCUUCUGUCAAUUGCAUUAUGUAUCCAGAAACUGCAGAAAACAUCUAAUAAGUGAGCUGAAUUUACUUUGGGUUCUUUUCCCAAGGAAGCGUAACAUCUGUCUGUCUAUGUAUAAGUGUAUGGAGAUAUUAGCUAUAUAAGUGUAUACUUAGAAGUUUUGAAGUAUCAUAGUGGAUGUCCUCUCUGCCGGACAUCCACAAAGAAAGCAGAAUGUUGGAAAGUGCUUUUAGUUUGCUCUCAAGGAACUUGUGUGAAAUAAUAGCCCAAGGCUGCCUGUCACUGUCAGGCAAAAUGGCUAAAAGCAGUGGCGUUCCUGUGAGCAAAAAUGAAGAGCAUUUCAUGAACUCUUGCCUGCUCCGGGGUCUGGCAUGCUUACCUGAAUGUUGUCAGAUUUCACAGGUGCACAUUAUCCCAGAAAUCUCUGGUGUCUGGCCCCAGGAGUGAAGCAUGUACUGCUAGGGAAACACAGUAACAUCUCUCAGAAUCUGCAUUUGUGAAUAUGGCAAUGGAAACUUCCAGUGAACCUCGGUUAUUCAGGAGUCUCCAUUUACUAAGAAUGAAUGGCAGCUAAACAAUAGUUUCUUGCCUGCUGGAGGGACUUCAGGGAGCUUAUUUGGCAAAUUUCACAGUUUUAGUAUGCGUAGAAGCUGAUAGGGCCUCCUUAUUCUCACCAUGUUAGCAACAGUGUGCCUCCGCAGAUGUGUUCGUUUCUUGGAUUUUUAACAGGAUGGUACCACAGGCACAAGGAAAAUGAAGAAGAAAAGAUAAAAGGCGACUUUGCUGGAAGAUUUCUUUUUAGCUUUCAUAGUGGGGUUUUUUUGUUUUGUUUUGUUUUCAUGUAAACCUUCUUAUUACCAAGCCUCUCACAUCCUCACUGGUCACUGGUCGUCGGUACACACAGAUAAUAUGUAAUAUAUAUGUGACGUAAUGCACAUACACACGCAUGUGUGUGCACAUAGGAAAUUGGAAGACAGCACGUGACUGCAUUACCCAUUUUUCUCAGAAUCAUGCUUCAAACAAUUGAGUCUUUGGCAGGGAUUGGUGAAGUGACUGUCUUCCUUUUUUUUUUUUUUUUAUAGCAUUCAGGCAUUUAUUCAAACUAACCUUCCUCUUCCUCAUUGUUUUUGCUUAGACAAAUCCACCCCUCAGGCAUCACUGGGGAGGAGAGAGGAAGAAGCAUCUAACACUUAUAAAAAUGUUCUGACGCAGGCACAUUGCUGUGAAGGAAAAUAAUCUUCUGAGAGCAUCCGCCAGUGGGGCGGACCCUGGGUGACCCCGGGCCACCUCGCCUGGCCGCUGCCCGUGUCACUCAGGGACACAGGUCCCGAGCUGCCACUCGUUGUUUCUGUUUCAAGUGCACCCCUGGGGCCUCCGUGCUACACGGAUUCGCUCACACUCCUCGGUCCCAUGGAGGGGACUUGCACUUCAGUGUCCAGGGUCUGGAUUCAACCCCGACUUUUGUAAAACUCAGCUUGCCCCAGGCCUCUUCGCAGAAGCCCACUUACUUCUGUAACCAAGCAUUUCCUGCAGCCUCUGGUGCAGUUUCUGGCUCACCUGGGUUGCGUCUCACCCCUGCCAACUUUCAGGCCUUUUAAUUUCUUUAUAUAGCUCUUUCCUGAUGCUGUCCAAAAAUUGCACCGUCACAGCGAGUGAUGCCACCGGAGCACUUCUCUGUUCCACCUGUGCCUGACCUCUCCACACCCUGCUCAGUGCAUCGCACCUUCCGUACCUGCGUGCCUGCUCAGUCCCCAUGAGGUUGUUUUGCUUUGGGGUUUUUUUUUGUUUGUUUUUUGUUUGUUUGUUUUUGUUUCUGUUUUUUUUGUUUGUUUGUUUUGUAGAGCACUUCUCAGGCCAUUUAAAAUGCAGACUUCUUAGCUCCAUAUAAGAGAACAUGAAAUUAAACCUCUCUCAGCCAGAGAAGCUGUGGGCCUGGACUUGGCCUUGCACCUGUUGCGGUCCUGGUGGUUAUGUGAAUGUGAUUGUUCCAGCUUCUCCAGCCACGGAGCCCUUGCAGCAGGUGACUUUGUGAAGAUGACUGUAACUGGUUAAAGAAUCACUAUGGGCUUCUGAAUCCUUGGGAUCGGAGAGAUGGUGGAGUAAAGGGUAAAGCUCUUGAUUAGGGAAAGAGUUGAAGGAGAAAGUAGAGUCUCCUUCUCCCGCUGCUCUUCUUUGCUCCUGCAAAUUUCUGAAACUACAGUACAUCAGAUAAUUAGUCAAUUAUUUUGCCUUUUUAAAUUCCAAAGAUGUUUUUUGUUCCCUUAGUCUCCUUGCCUUAGAAAUAUAAUUUGUCAAAAAGUUGGCACUUUCUCAGUCAUUUGUCACCACCUGUGAUUUCCAAUCCUGGUUUUGGAACAACUUGAAUGGCAAAAGCAUUCUCCACAAAGAAAGUGAUUUUUAUAAUGAAAAGAUACCACCAGAAGAGGAAUGAUGCUUCAGUCCCACUAACAGCAAUGUCUUAAAAACACUGGGGUGUCAGUGUAAAGUAUUAAGUGUAAUUGCAAGCACACAGAUUGUAUGCAUGUACUUAACACGUAAAGAUAAAUGCCGCUUACAAGUUAA